GUGAAUGGAUAAGCAAACAUGGUCUUUAAUAUAUAUGUCCCAUGCAUUAUUUCUCAUCUAGUUGAGCUUCUCAAUUCAUUUGCUGGACAUGUGAGGUGCCUGCAUAAUUCACCGGUUGUUGAAUCUUCUUGUCAUCAAUCAACUAGCCUCUCAUGUCAUAACCAACUUGCAUAAUUUGAUAGCUAGUUCCAACUAAUGAGUUAUUG